UUGAUAAAAAUUUGUUUUUUUAAUAUAUUAGAAAAACACAGUGGGGUACAACUUUUUUUUUUCCAAAAAAGAAAAAUCAUCGGACUCAUAAAUUGGGUAGGCAUCUAAUCGAAGGCGGUGGUAGGCAAAUGAUGUAUAAAAGGUAACCUAAAGCAAGCGCAGGAAGUAGAAAGUGGUAAGGCAUGGACGAUGAGAGCUUCAGAGCACGCUUACACAAAGUAUUCGGCUGUCUAUCGCCGUCGGCAUCUGUGUGGUCUCUCAGCGACGAAGAUGUGGAGAAGAAAGAAUGGAAUCGAAGCGCACUGAAGCAAGGGAAAGACGAUGAUGACCAUAACCUUUGUUCUUCAUCGUAUGAUGAAUUAUUCAAAAAAAAAUGCAGGAACAUCCAAAAUGUAAUCAAUGAUGAUGAAAAUGGUGUUGAUGAUGUUUGGGAAAUCAGAUCCUCUAUUGGCUUAGAUUCCACGCUUGAUAAUGAGGAGGAGGAAGAUGAAUAUGAUAGAGUCGCCGAGGGCAGAGAGGAUGCUGGUGAUCGCUUGUACAUGAAAAAUAUUAUUGAUCAGGAAAUAUCUUGUGAUCCUCCGGAAUAUAACAUCCGUCGAGACCCAUGUGCAAAUCAUAUGGCUGCACAAGUUAGGCUGAAGGAAGAUGCAGAUGCAGCGGAGAAAUGUGAAACUGAUUUUGAUGGUAUCACUCUAACUGGUGGGCAACAUUCAGCUAAAUCACUUCAGGAUCACUGUGACGUGAAGCCAAUUUUGAAAAAAGCAAGGAAAUCAGUGAAUGGUGAGCUCAAGUCUACUAAACGGGUCAGGUUUGAUCCUGGUUGUAAAGAUGGAUCUGACGGGGCAUCAGAAGUAAAAGUUUCUUGGGCAGCUCCUGCAUCAGCUAACUCUACUUCUGAAGGCAAUGAAUCCAUUAGCAGUAGGCUGAAGAUUCCUGAUUAUGUUCUCAACCCUUCAUAUUAUACAUGUUAUAGUUUGGAUUCACCUAGUGAGCUUAUUGAUGAGCCUAGUCAAGCUUUCGGAUAUGUUCUCGAGGAGGUUGAGAAGUCAAAGGAUGAUGUAUUGGAACAACAAACUAUAGACACGUCAGAUACUAACCCUAAAUCAGUAGUUUUUGUACCAAGGCAUAAGAACAUGGAUGCUAUAACGGGUGCAUCUCUCUCAAAGGGAAUAAUUGAAGAUGCUUGUAAUGAGUCCUUGCACCCAAAGGGCUUCCCUGUUUGCAUUGCUGCUGGAGAAGCUCAACAAACUGAAGAUCCAAUGGAAGAAGAUAUGGAAGCACGUGUGGCUGAGAAUAACAUUGUGACCCUAAAACCAGAACGCCGAUAUCGAAUCAAGGUAGGGAUGGAGGACUCUUGAUAUUAUGUGCACUUGAAGCUAGUAUCUGUGUUAAUUGUUGAAUCAAGGCAGGGAUCGAGGACACUUGAUCUUAUGUUUACUUGAAGCUAGUUUUGUGUUAAUUGUUGAAUCAAGGCAGGGAUGUAGGAAACUUGAUCUUAUGUAUACUUGAAGCUAGUAUCUGUGCUAAUUGUCGAAUCUGGAGGACACUUGAUCUUAUGUUCACUGAGAGCUACUAUGUGUUAAUGAUCAGCAAAAAUAUUGUUUGCAA